AUGGGCAACACAGGCGGCCUCGACGACAUCUACUCUUCGCUUCUUGCCCGUCGCUCCUCCGAGGGUCGUCUGCGCCGCCUCACCGUCCCGGACCCGGCCAUGGUGGACUUUUCCUCCAACGACUACCUCUCCCUCUCGACCGAUGCCGACAUCAGACGAGCGUACCUCUCGCGCUUGCGUUCUCCGUCCUUCUCUCUCGGCUCCGGCGGCUCGCGGCUGCUCGACGGAAACACGGGACUUGCCGAAUCCCUCGAGGCCAGCAUCGCCGCCUUCCACGGCGCACCGGCCGGGCUCCUCUUCAACUCGGGCUUCGAAGCCAACGUGGGCCUCUUCGGCUGCUGUGCGCCCCGGCCCGGCGACGUGAUGGUGUACGACGAGCUCGUCCACGCAAGCGUGCACGACGGCAUGCGGCUGAGCCGAGCCAAGAGGGUCCCCUUUGCGCACAAUUGCGUGAGGGGAGACGCGCGGGCGUCUCCAAACGAGAGCCUCGACCGUGUGCUGACAGCACUCGCUCAGGGUGAGCACGGGACAAGCAUCAGGGCGGGCGGUGCCUGCGUCUUCAUCGCCGUCGAGAGCAUCUACAGCAUGGACGGCGACGCGGCGCCCCUCCAGGACAUUAUCGACUGCGUUCGAGAGCGGCUACCGCGGGGGAAUGGGUAUCUCAUCGUCGACGAGGCCCACUCGACCGGCUGGGCGGGAGCACGAGGACGGGGCAUGGUUUCUCACCUCGGCCUCGAAGACGGCGUAUGGGCCCGCGUGCACACGUUUGGCAAAGCCAUGGGCUGCGCCGGUGCCAUCGUUCUCUGCUCCGCCACGACGAGGAGAUAUCUCAUCAACUACGCGCGGAGCCUCAUCUACACGACGGCCAUGGGCUACCCCGCGCUCGCCGCCAUCCAAACGGUGUACGAAUUCGUCGAGAGCGGCCGGGCCGAGCGACGUCGAGCACACCUCGAAGGCCUCAUGCGGCAUGCCCACGGCGUCCUGGCCUCCCUCGGCGCUCGCCACGGCGUGCCGGCCGAAAUGUUCCGCGUCAACCGAGGGCCUCCGGCGUCGCCCAUCAUACCCCUGUUCACGACGCAGGCGAGAAGGCUCGCCCGGCACUGCGAGGGGAGGGGGUUCACGGUACGGCCGAUCGUGGCGCCGACGGUGCCCCCCGGCACCGACCGGGUGCGGCUGUGCCUGCAUGCCGGAAACACGGUCGACGAGGUUCACGGCCUCUGCGAGGCAAUUGGGGACUGGCUACGCGGCGCAUGGAAGCCGGAGGCGCGCAAGACGGUGGAAGCCGAGAGGGGACAGAGUAAACUGUAG